UCACCGCUAAAAGCCACAAAGAAGAAGAAACACACCCCUGAUGUUGAUAAAGACAAAAAUCAACUGUGCUUCAUAUCGUCUUCAGCUCCUUCACACCAUGUCAGCCUCUGGAUUUACCCUUCUGGUGCUCGCUGUGUCUCUGUGGCCAGGUGAGUCCAGGUUCAUCAUAGACCCUGUGUCAUUCACCAGACAGAAUUCUCUGACAAUGGAUAUGUGUUCUGAGUGCAGCCACAUCAUCCAGCUGUCCGCCAACAUGAUUUCCAGCAGAGAUACUAAGGAGACUGUGUAUGAGACCUUGCGUGCUCUGUGCCAGCGCCUCCCAGGAGAACAGGCAUCAGAGUGUGAGUCACAGGUGAAGAUGAAUUUGCCCAAAGUCCUGCAGCAGACACCCGACCACCUGAAACCAGAAGACAUUUGUAUGAUCUUUCGACUUUGUGCUGCCCGAAACGAGGAGGAACUGCUGAAACUUUCCCACCAUGUCACUGAUAAAGAUGCAUCCAGCCCUGCCCUUGGCACAGCCUCUGCCUCCAGUGGGCAGAUCAACCCUGUUUGCACCCUGUGUUUAUUUAUCAUUAAGAAACUGGAGACCCUGUUGCCCCAAAAUAUGACUGAGGACGCUUUGAUGAAGCUCAUGGGAGAGGUCUGUGAUCUCAUACCACACAGCUACAAGGACCAAUGUGAUGAUUUUGUCGACAAAUACGGCACGCAGAUAGUCGAAUUCCUCCUGUCAUCUGCGGCACCUCACACAGUGUGCACUCUGUUGCACCUAUGUUUGAUCAAGGAGCAGCCUGAUCCAGAGUUGUUCCUCCCCUCUGACUGUGACUCAUGCCGCACGCUGGCUGUGCUGAGCCGACUUCACCUGGGUCUCAACUCCACAGACCCUCAGACUUCCUCUUUCCUCCAGUCUGUGUGUGUCCAUCACCCUAAUGCCAUCCCAAAGUGUGAGGCUUUCACCAGAAUCUAUGGCUCCCGACUGCAAAAGGUUUUGGGAAACCAGAUGGACGCUCCACAUGCUUGUGAAAGAGCUGAUCUGUGUGUUGCCCCGAAGAAGGUGGAGCCUCUGGGAAAGAACCGUUGUACUUGGGGACCAAGCUACUGGUGCAAAGAUGUUCAAACUGCUCAGAAAUGUGGAAACCAGGCCUUCUGUGAGAAGUACGUGUGGAAGGAGUGAACCAAACUCGCACAACUUUCUUUUUACAAGUCUAUUACACUGUUUUUUUAUAAAUGUAUUGCACUGAUCUUUUGUUUUUUUGUUUUUUACUUUUUGGGGAAACUAUUCAUCACAUGUGCUAUUCCAGCCAACAAGCCAUAAAUAUUAAUCAUGAAAUGUUACUGUUUGCAUGACGUGUCACAAGACUGAGGCUGGGAUUCAGUCUGAACCAUCAGUUUCUACAGUGGUAAAGUUUUGUGAAGUGUAAUGCUGCAGAUUGCUUUGUGUGUGUCAAUAUGAUUGUGAAGAUUGCAAAAACAUUCAUUACCUUAGAUGAGCUCUCAGUAUGUAUUUAUGACCAUGUGGACCACUGAAUACUCAAUAAAGCUGCACAGCUGCUGCUUCUAUUA